ACCCCCUCCAACCUCACUUACUCCCAAUUCUUUACAUAACCACCAAACAUGCACCUCCUCAUUCUCACUCUCAUUCUGCCCACCCACGCCUACCCCAAAGAAAAGGCUCCCCUCAAACAGUCCCCGAUCGACGAUUCCCUGCAUACCCUCCCCCUGCGCUACGAACCCAUAGAUUUGAUGUGCAUUCGCAACUACGAGCCAUGCGAUGACGAUAGGACAUGUUGUUCUUUGAAUUGUGUGUGUUUCGAUCUUACUUGUCUUGUUGGAAGACCGAGGGUUUGUAGGCCGGUUAAAUAGUGUACGUGGGUGUUUGUUGCUACUCUGUUGCAUAUUACGAGCGGCCCUGGAGGGGGUUUCGUGCACGAAGAAAUGCGAUCUGGUUGGC